CGAGCCCCCCCCCCCCCGGGACCCCCCGAACCCCGGAACCCCCGGAGCCCCGGGAGCCCCCGCCCCCGCCAUGGUCUGCGGCGGCUUCGCCUGUUCGCGCAACGCGCUCUGCGCCCUCAACGUGGUUUAUGUGCUGGUGGGGGUGCUGCUGGUGGGGGUGGCGGGCUGGGCCCGGGGCCUGGGCAUGGGCUCCAGCCCCCCCCUGCUCGGCGGAGCCUUCGCCGUCGGCGUCUUCCUCCUGCUGAUCGCGGGGCUGGGGCUGCUCGGGGCCCUGCGGCACCACCAGGUCCUGCUCUUCUUCUACGUGCUGAUCCUGGGCCUGGUGUUCCUGUGCCAGCUCGGCGUGUCCUGCGCCUGCCUCGCCCUGGGCCGGGAGGCUCAGGAGCGGUUGCUGCGCUCGGCCUGGCCCCUGCUGAGCGGGGGGGCGCGGGGGGAGCUGCAGCGCAGGCUGGGCUGUUGCGGUCUGGGGGAGCCCCCCGGGACCCCCCCUCCUGCCAGCCCUGCCCCGCUGAGCCCCACCGGGCUGGAGCCCCCCUGGGAGCCCCAAAACUGCCCCGCUAGGUGCCAGUUCCCCCCAGGGGGAGUCCCCCCGUGCCCCCCCUGCGCCCCACAACUGCUGCAGCACUCGGACCAGGCCCUCAAGAUUCUGGGGGGGGUCGGGCUGUUCUUCAGCUUCACCGAGGUUUUGGGGGUCUGGCUCGCCCUCCGCUUCCGGAACCAGCGGGACCCCCGCGCCAACCCCGGAGCCUUCCUAUAGUGGGGGGGGGGGGGGGGGGGGCACACACCCGGGGGGGGGGGGGUCACGGCCUUGAGGGGGGGUCCAGAACCCCCCAAACGCUGACCAGCUGCCCCCCUGCAGCUGCAUGAAGCACUGGGGACAUGGACCCCCCCCCCCCCCCACAAAUCAGGGGGUGACCUCCCCCCCCGCCCCAGAGGGGCCGUGAGGCAGAGUCGUCCCCCCCCCAGUCUCCCCAUCUCAGUCUGACCUCUCCCAAACUGGUUUGUACUGGUCAUUCUGACACCCCCAGCCCCCCCACCGUGUGUCCCCCGGGGGGGGUCCUGGUCACCCCCAUGCUGGGGAGGGACACACGGGGAAGGACCCCCACCACAUCCCAGUCUGACCCCUCCCAAACUGGGAGAUUCCCCUCCCCCCACCCUUGUGGGCAUUGGGGGCUGGGGGGGGGGAGGGGUGCGCAGGGGGGGUCAUGACCUUCCCAAACCCAGCAGGCCCCCCCCAUCCCAGCACUCCUGAACUGGUCCGUACUGGUUCACACUGGGAUGAGUGACCCCCCCCCCCCCCAGUGUGUGUGUCCCCCCCCAGACCUAAUGGGGGGGAGGGAGGGGGGGCAGGGGGACGCCUCCCAAUAAACACACAACACUGA